AUGAUCAAAGACUGCAGCAAACCGGUACAUGUGGGCUGGUUUUCUCGUCAAAGACGUCACAAUUUUCGUUCGAAUUUUCGAACAUCGUCGACAGAUGGAGUUAUUUGGUGGGAAUCGGAAUGGUCUGGUUCAGACUCAAGCGAUUUUCUCAUCAUUCACCUCAGAGGAGGAAUGGUGAAUAUCGCUGUGAACCUCGGAAACGACACUCUGAAGUCGGUGGCAACAAACCUUGCCGUGAUCAGUGGAAGAUGGCAUCGGGUGGCUGUUGAAAGGUACGUCACGAUUCUUCUGAACUGCUUUCUUGCUCGGAAAUUUUUCGCUAUGUUGAUACAUACACUGUUUAUCGUAGAUGGAGGCGUCCCAAGUCACCAUACUUUUGGCGGCAUCAGUUCUACUCAAAUGGUCGGCUCCUCCCUCCUGGAAGAGAAGGAGAAACAGGCGAUGGUACCGCAUCGGAAAGCAAGCAUGAAACCACUGUUGAUUAUCCGAUGGGACAAAGUGACGACAGUUGUUUCAUCUCCAAAGGCCAACCAGCUCAAUACGAAUGGCCUUGUUUACAUAGGUAAGUAG